UAUGGCGGAGGUAUUAUAAUUCGCUACAAAGGUGAGACUAAAUAACGCUACUUCGGGAAAACAUAACAAUAGCGCAGAAUUGACUAGGCCUACACAUUACGUUCAGUGAUAUGAAUCAAAUUGUAUAGACAUACCAGCCAUGUUUCUUCAUUGCAUCUGUAUUGUAUCUAAAUGUAUCAGUAGAUAUUUGUUCGUUGUCCUGUGGACAAUAAUCAAGCAGCUGUAAGUCAUCAUAUUAGAGAACACCAAGAUGGAUGAACUCGUUAGUGUAAUCAUAGAAGUGAAUACAUGUGAAUGUUUAGCUCAAAUAGCUUAUACCCGAGUUAAUCAACACAUAACUGACAGUAUUAGAUUAGAAGAGCAAGAGCUAAAGGUUUACUAUGUGGGAAGUUAUGGUGAAGGAAUGAACAACCUCGGUGAUGUCGACAUUAUGCAAGUGUUGUCAACAUUUCCGGUUGUGUUGUGGCCAUCUCAAGCAAGAGAAAAUCAAAACGAGAGGAAAGAGAGUUUUGUAAUUGCUGAGCAGAAUCCAGAGGAACCAGCGUUUCUGAAACUUAGUGUAGUUGACAGAUCGUGUAUACAUGAGGAUUUCAGAAAUGCAAUUGAUAUGGAUGGUUAUUUUAGCUCCACCACAUUCAUUACAAGUAUGAAGUCUACCAGUAGUGAAUUUAUUAGCGAUAGUGUCAGGGCAGGUAUGGGCCUUAGUAAGAUACAAGGUCCCUCACUAAAAGGUGGAGUAGACUUUACGAUGAGGUUUGAUUGCGUCUUUUGCUUGAAGUGUAAAUCAUGGCCAUCGUCUAUCAGUUGUGAAUAUUUGAAUAGAAAGAGACAAGACAAGUGGCCACCACAGAAGUUGUUAAACGAGAUCGUGCAUAUGGAUUGUCUUGUAGUCGCCGUUGGACAUCCCACUAGCCCUUCAAAAGACAUUGAAUGGAGAUUGUCGUUUUCCUUAGCUGAGAAAGAACUCAUUCAGAGAAUGAGUAAGCCGUUCAUUAACUGCAUGUAUGCCUUGAAAUCAAUAAAAAACAAGUACAUUGUAUACAGCGAUUCCGACAACCCAACGCCGUUCUGCUCGUAUUUCAUAAAGACCGCUUGCCUUUGGAUGUGUGAAACUUUACCACACAAAGAUUACAGCAUCAUGAAUUUGAUAAGAAGAGUACUGGAUUGGCUUAUUGACAGUUACAAAAACAGAAACCUGCCUCAUUAUUUUAUACCGGAGCAAAAUUUAAUUGGUCAUCUGCCAAUGGAACGCCGUGAUGAUGUGAUAGCCAAAUUGACAGCAGUUAAGAAAGAUAUCUGGACUAUGGUGAUGACAAGUGUUGAUCGACAUCACCUUAUAAAUUAUGUAAUAGGCCUAUGCGAUAAACUUAAGAUUCCAGUAGUCAAUGGAGAUGACGACUAUAAAACAGUGGAGUUGAUUCUUUUGAAUCACCCAAAGGCAACAGAAUAUCUUGAACAGUGUAUUUCUAAGGUACGCUAUGGUGACAAGAGACUAGGCCAAUUUAAAAUCAGGCAAUGUGCAACAUGGGUGGGAAUAGCUUUCACAAACCCAUUUACUCAGAUUGACUUACUUAUACAAGAGGGGGAUUUCUCGGAAAUUCUUGGAUCUCCAGAAGACACCAUACUCCCUAUUGUAGACAAUAUUGACGAGAUAGUGCCAGAGGGAUAUGGAGACAUGUUCAAGACGCGUUUGUAUAGAGUUUUGGGUGAUAUGUAUACUUAUUUAUUGAUUUACUUACGGAAAAUUGGUUAUCAUGAUUAUCCGGCUAUCUAUCAGAAUAAACCUUUAGAGUACUAUAACUUAGGUGCUAAAAUGAUGUAUUUAAACAAAUGGUCUGACAAAUGCAUAGGUGGUCGAGUCCAUAAAGUACAAUAUCAUUAUUUAAUGGGUAAUUAUGAAAUAUUGAAAAAGAUUCUAGACUGGAAACCCUUACUCAGUAAACUUAAAGAAAAUGACUUUUUAAUGAAUUCGGUUUGUACUAUAAACAUACAUGUAGAUUCAGAAAUAGUACUAAGUGCUUGGGACAUUGAUAAAAAGCUGCAGCAGUGCUUUGAAUGUCCUGUUGGAACAACAGUAGCAAUGAAUCCAAUCGUAUUUAUCUUUUAUGUAAUGACCAAAGUACAUCUUAGAGAGGGAGACCUGGAGAAGGCCUCUGCGAUUGUAAAAGAAAUGAAGGGUUGCUCUGAGACUAUGGUACAAAGACCACGAGAGUUACCUGAUUUAACCGAGUCAAUGAUUGAAUUGGUUGAAUUUGAAAUACUAUCCCUGUGGGCAUAACUUGGUUGAAAUAACAUUGAUCAACGUUUAUAUGCAAACGUUGAAUAUACAUUUAUUUAUUUUUUUAAUUUAUUUUUUAUGGUACUGUAAAACCCUUUAUUUUUGCGCGCCCUUAACUUUCGCAAUAAGACGGCGAAUGCCAAAAUUUAGGACGCACGAGAAUCGCGAAAUUAUAAAUGAUAGUUUUGUUUUCUAAAAACAAAGCUAUAGCAAUCUUAGCUAGCUAUGCCAUUACAUCACACUUCACUUCACACAACAAUACAGAAACAGUGCUAGGAAUAGGCCUAUCCUGGGGCUACAUUCAAUGGAAUAAAAAUCACAGCAUUGUAUUUAUAGGCCUACGAAUAUUUCUUAGUUAAUAACUUGACUAUUGGAACACUAGGUUAACAUUUUUGUCAACUUAGUUAGGCCUCCAGUUGCUGCAAGAUUUUUAAUAUUUUUUGAUUAAAAAAAAACCUUGUUCAGGCCUGCCCUGGAGCGGCUGCAGCAUUCUAGGCCUUAAUGGACUCGACCCCAUGACAUCAUAUCUUCUAUGGCAUUUUAUUACACAAUUUCUUUAUUCAUUUAUUUACAGGACUACAUUCGUUGCGAGCUAUGCAACACGAUGUAUUAUUAUGUCCUUUAUUCGAACAUUGCAUUUACCUUUCUUUGAUGA